AUGGCUUUUGUGCGGACGACAGUGCAUCUGUGGGCACUGCUGGUCCACAGCGGCUGGAUGGGGGUCGCACCGAGUCCCACCGACGAGGGAUCCCUCAGGGCCGGACAUGGCGAGCACGGAGACCCGGGCCACCACGAGCCUCAUAAAGACUCCUACAGCACGUUCGCCUCGGAGUUCCUCGAGUCUAAAUAUCUGUCCGAUGACGGAUAUCCGUUCCCCACUGCUCCUCCUGUGGACCCAUUUGCCAAAAUCAAAGUCACUGACUGUGGAGUCACCAAAGGCUGCAUCAGGUACGGUAAGCCCGGCUGUGAUGCAGAGAGCUGUGAAUACUUCCUGAGUUAUCGGCGCAUUGGGACAGAUGUGGAGUUUGAGCUCAGUGCUGACACAGACGGAUGGGUCGCAGUUGGUUUCUCCUCCGACAAGAAAAUGGGAGGAGAUGAUGUCAUGGGCUGUGUGCACGACGACAAUGGGCGCGUGCGUAUCCAUCACUUCUAUAACGUGGGACAGUGGGCCAAAGAGAUCAAGAGGAACCCGGCCCGGGACGAGGAGGGCAUCUUUGAGAACAACCGUGUCACGUGUCGAUUCAAACGUCCGCUCUACGUGCCCCGAGAGGAGACUCUGGUCGACCUGCACCUGUCCUGGUACUACCUGUUCGCCUGGGGCCCGGCCAUACAAGGUUCCAUCACCCGACAUGACAUCGACAGUCCCCCGGUGAGCGACCACAUGGUCAGUAUCUACAAGUACGAGGACGUGUUCAUGCCGUCCACGGCCUACCAGACCUUCAACUCCCCUAUCUGCCUCCUGCUCAUCGUGGCCCUCACCUUCUACCUGCUGAUGGGGUCUCCAUGA